AUGAGCGCUCCUUUCCUACCCCUCUCCUCUGACAGACACUGCCUCACCUCUCAUUACAGCUGCCUACCUCUGACAGUCCCCUUCACAUCCUCUUUACCCAGUGCCAGCGUCGGGAAGCGUGAGCCGGCGGGGACGGUGUUUAGCGCGGCGCAUCCACAGUUCCUCUCUCUGUGUCUUCGAGCCUUCAAGUGUGAAGGAGCCUUGGGAGUCACUAUGGGAGCUGCGAGCUGA